AUGUCCUCAUCUGAGAGUGAGCUGUCAGAUACCAUAGACCCUAUGGCCAUAGUUUCAGACGAUGAGGUUGUCCCGGACCCUGAGAUUUUGACAUCUGACACUGAGAGUAGCGAUGACGAUGAUUUUCAGCCGUUUGCUUUACCUGACCUGGGCGACAUUAUACCGCUAGCUGAUGGUUUUCCUGGCGAGGAUCUACUUCUUGUUCCGAUCCCCGCUCCUCUCCCUCUUGCCGCAUUUCCUCUCGAGGAUCUGCCUCUUGAUGCUUUGCAUAACGAUGAUAUCGAUCUUUUUAUUGAGGGCCUCCCUGAGGGUGUGCCUAGGCGUUAUCACACUGAUUCUGGUUCUGACACCGUUAUGUCUGCUGCACCUGUUCAGGACUUCAAGUUUGAUGAUGAGUUUGAUCCUAACAUUGAUCCUGAGCAUGAGGUUGACUUCAUUCCUGAUGAUCAGCUUUUUGAUGUACCCGCUGAUCUUGAGCUAGCACCAGUCGACCCUGAGCCUAUGAUUGCACCCGAGCCUAUACCUGCUCACGGUCCUCUGCCUGAGCAUGACCCUGUACCUGUUGAUAUACCAGAUGUUGCACCACCUUUACCUGACCCGAUCCCUGCACCUGUUGACCAUGCUCCUUUUGCAACCCAGAUAGAUCCCUAUUAUGCAUUCACCCGUAAUGGGUGGAUAGAGGACGACGAUGACUUGCCUCCUUUUGUUAGGCCUGUUACUCCCCCACCUGCACCCACCCAUGCACCUGUUGAUAUCGCCCCAAUUCAUCCACAUGUGUCUGCCACACACUGCACCGAUCUGUCAAUCACGUUCUUAUAG